CUCCAUCACUUAUCUCCCCUUGUUCUACUUUAUCCAUUGUGCGACUCUACUCUACGUCAGUCUGCGACUAGGACGUCUUCACACACACACACACUACACAGCAGCCGCUGCAUACCUUGCCGCUUCGUCCCAGGCCUCGUACACACACACCCGGCCUCGAACACCACCACCACCACCCCCACACACCAACCCCUCCUCCCCCACUCGACUUGUGUUGUUCAAGUCGACGCAUCACACACCCACUCCCACACCCACAUCACCACCACCACCAUGCCGCCCCCUCCCCCCGCCCCUCCCGUCUUCUACUCGUUCCCCGACAACCAGAAGCUUGUCGACUCGCUCGCCAACUUUGUGAUCAAGGCGCAGCGCGAUGCCGUGGAGAAGCGCGGAAAGUUCACCAUUGCCCUUUCUGGCGGUUCGCUCGCCGCCAACCUGCGCGGUCUGGCUGGACAGGAGAAUGUCCAGUGGGACAAGUGGGAGGUCUUCUUCUGUGACGAGCGUGCCGUGCCGCUCGACUCGGAGGACUCAAACUACCACUCAAACUAUGUCUCGUUCCUGCAGCACGUCCCCAUCCCACCAAAGCAGAUCCACACCAUCAACCCGGCCUACCUUGACGACCUCGAGGAGCUGGCUGACGACUACGAGAAGCAGCUUGUUGGCCACUUUGCCGCUUCCAACGCCGCCCGCUACCCCACUUUCGACCUGAUGCUCCUCGGUAUGGGCAAGGAGGGCGAGACGUGCUCCCUGUUCGCUGGACAUGAGGUGCUGAGCGAGCGUGACGCCUGGGUCACUUCGCUGGAUGACGCGCCAAACGGACCCAAGAGGCGUAUUACCAUGACCAUCCCCGUCCUCACUCACUGCUACCGCGCCGUCUUUGUCGUCUCUGGCUCAGAAAAGGCCGAGCUGCUCCACACUGUGCUUGACGAGCCCGAGACUGGCCUGCCCUGCUCGCGUGUCCGCCCAGCCGCCCCUGGUCUCGUGUUCUGGUUCGCCGAUGCCGACGCCGCCCGCCUGACCAAGUACCCUCCCACCACCUUCAGGUGGAUCGACAACCAGAAGGAGGCCGAGGAGGCGGUUGCCGCUGCCAAGGAGAGAGCUGCGCGCCGCGCGGCCCAGGACGCCGAGUAGUUUGUCCGAGUUCGUCCCCCUCAUUCCCGCCCACCGUAUCACCGAGACGAGAUGAGAUACCGCGCGACGGUGUCACCGCGGCGCUGAGCGUUCUAAAUAUCAAUGCAGAUGUACACAGCUAUGAGUAG